AGUAGAACGUUUAGUGCAAGUCGAGAAAGCUUAGCAAGAAGAUCUUCUUCUAGAAAUGGUUCGAGUAACUGCUUACGUUCAUCAACCUGAAUAUAAUUACAGUCACAGAUAUAAAAAUUUAACUCUACUAAGCGAAGAUGUGAAACGCUUCCUGCUGGAGUACGACCAAAUCAUUCUGCACAAGGACCUCUAUCGAGGGAUUUUCCACAUCCAGUUGCGGGAAGUUCGAGAAAAAGUGAAGGAACUGUUGCGCAAAUUUGAGGCCGCCCCGUACGACGAUGGCAGGGCCAAGAACGAGAAGGAGCUUUUUUGUUGCAAGCUUCGAUUCGAUGACACAGUGGAUCUGAGAAGGCAUUACCGUGCUGUUCAUAAUGAGCCGUUUGUGAGGUUUGCUAAUGUGCUGGAGCUCAAAUCCUCGCUGGCUAAGCUGACCCACAUGCGCCACCGGUUGACCAACUACAUCACCUACGGCGAAGAGAAAACCCUCACACUGAUCACCAAUUUGAAGCGAAUGUUGACAAAGAUUUCAGCCACAUUGAAGUUCUAGUAGAAGACACAAAUUAAAAACCUUGAAAACACCCAC